UACAGCUUGUCAGAGCACAAAUUCGGAAAAUUUUCAGUCUCAUCUCAGCAGUGUCGACACAAAAUGAAUCUAGAGCGCGAAAUAAAACUGUGCGUAAAUGGCACCGAACACAAAGUGGACAUAUCUUGCCUAAGUUUGGACACAACUUUAAAUGCCUUCCUCCGAUCAAAAUUAAACCUAACUGGGACCAAACGCAUGUGUUUGGAAGGCGGUUGUGGGGCUUGCAUUGUAGCAGUUCAGCGUAAAAAUCACGUUGCAAAAAAAAUAAUUACUCAAGCGAUCAAUUCGUGUUUAGUGCCACUUUUUUCGUGUCACGGCUGGAAAAUCGUAACAAUUGAGGGACUAGCCGGCUCUCAGAAUGACCAUCAUUACUUGCAAAAAGUUUUAGCGGAAUUUAAUGGCAGUCAGUGUGGAUUCUGCUCACCUGGCAUGGUCAUGAAUAUGUUUGGUCUCCUACAGGAGAAAAAAUUGACGAAACAGGAAGUUGAGAAUUCUUUUGGGGGUAAUAUCUGUCGGUGUACGGGGUACCGGCCGAUUUUAAGCGCGUUCAAGUCGGUUUGUGACAUUGAGGACAUAAAACCCUGCCCCAAAGUUGCAAGUCGAAAAAGCGCCCCGUGUUAUUUUAAUUUAGGCAAAACAACGUGGAUUAAGGUCUUUCUCUUCGAUGAUUUGUUGCAAGUUUUGAGGACUUUUGAGAGUUCUACGUACAAGUUAAUUGCGGGAAACACCAGCACUGGUGUGUAUAAAUGUGAUGGUGGGUAUCAGGUCUACGUCGAUGUGGCCGAUGUUGACGAACUUACAUCUUGUAAAAUGGAAAAGGGGCACCUGGUCGUGGGUGCUAACAUAACUCUCACAGAAACCAUGAAUUUGUUUGAUAAAAUUUCGCAAGAGAACGGUGAUUUUUCGUAUUUAAAAAAAUUGGAAAAACACGUUGAUUUAAUUGCCAAUGUGCCUGUCAGAAACUUGGGAACAUUGGCUGGUAAUUUAAUGAUAAAACAUCGACAUAAUGAAUUUCCGUCCGACAUUUUCCUAAUUUUUGAAACCGUUAAUGCAGUUCUGUUGUUAGUCGAUACUGACAAAAACGAGAGCAAAAUAUGUGUAAAAGACUUGCUGAAAACGCCAAUGGGGGGAAAACUGAUCAAAAAAAUCAUCCUCCCGCCCUUAAGCCCCAAAUUUAAAUACGAAAGUUACAAGAUCAUGCCGCGGGCCCAGAACGCCCACGCCCUAGUCAACGCGGGCUUUUUGCUCGAACUAAACGCCCAAAACAUAGUGCAGUCUGCUCGAAUCGUCUUUGGUUCAAUCAACCCCACUUUUGUCCGUGCCACAAACACGGAGAAAUUUCUGACUGGGAAAAAGCUUUUCCACGAUGAAAUUUUGCAAUCAGCUUUUGAAAUUUUGGAUAAAGAACUCGUCCCCGACGCCGUUCCGGGAGAACCGGAGCCGCGUUUCCGCAAACAACUCGCAAUCGCCCUAUUUUACAAGUAUGUUUUGUCCAUAACGCCGAAAAAUUUGAUCAGUCGCCAAAAUCAAACGGGGGGUGUUUUACUGGAACGGGGUUUAAGUUCGGGUAGUCAUGUUUACGAAAGCGACAAGUCCAAGUAUCCGUUGACUCGCCCAAUGGCGAAAAGGGAGGCACUUGCGCAAGCCUCGGGCCAAGCCGAGUAUGUCAUGGACAUGCCAGACCGGCCAAAGCAGCUUUUCGGGGCUUUUGUCUUGGCCAAAGUGCGGGCAUUGUCAACGGUACGCAAAGUGGACACAAGCCAGGCAAUGAAGUUGGAUGGGGUUGUCGCCUUUUUCUCAAGCGAUGAUAUUCCGGGACGUAACAAUUUCACGCCCAAGGAGACAAACUCGUUGUUUUUUUCAGUCGAGGAGGAGAUUUUUUGUAGCGGACUCGUCCAAUAUUACAAUCAACCGGUGGGUCUCGUGGUUGCCACUAGUCAAGAACUGGCCGAAAACGCAGCAAGUUUGGUCCGAGUCACGUACAAUGCUGGGAAAGCGCCACUUUUGACUAUUCAAGACGUGGUCAAAGCAAAAAAGGAGAGUUUGGACACGGAAAUUGGGCCGAAAAGUCGCGGCAAGGACAUUACACAUGUCCUAAAAGGACGGUCCGAGUUGUCCUGCCAGUACCACUACCACAUGGAGACGCAAUGUUGCAGUGUUGUGCCAACGGAGGAUGGUCUUGACAUGUACCCCUCGAGCCAAUGGCUCGACUUAUCGCAAACUUCCGCAGCUACCACACUCAACAUCCCGAUAAAUAAGAUCAACGUUGCGAUUCGCCGAUUGGGGGGCGCGUUCGGUGGCAAAAUCUCGCGAAACGCUUUAAUCUCAUCAGCGGCUGCUCUCGCAGCUUACAAAUUGAAGCGACCGGUCAAAAUUUGGCUACCGUUCGAGACCAACAUGGACAUGGUCGGUAAAAGGUACCCCAUGUUAUGGGAUUACGAAAUGGGGGUUGACGGUAGUGGCACUAUCCAGUAUUUGGACCUGACUUUGUACUCCGACUACGGUGUUGGGGGCAACGAGCCCAACCUUCCGUACGUCUUGGACGCAGUUUUGGGAGCUUACAGAACGGAUUUUUGGCACGUUAAGGCCUACAAAGUCAGUACUAACAACCCUGCAAGUUGCUACAUCCGAGCCCCUGGCACGUGCGAAGGGUUGGCAAUCAUCGAAUCGAUCAUGGAACACGCUGCCGUGACUCUCGGCAUAGACCCGACCGACUUCAGACUUAAAAACAUGAAGGCGGAGCACGAUUUGCUUGCACAGUUCGUCAAAGAACUGUACAAGUGGGCUGAUAUUGACGUGCGCAAGCAACAAAUCAAGAGAUUCAAUGAGGAGAACCGCUGGAGGAAGAAGGGAUUGGCGGUUGUGCCAAUGGUUUAUCAUUUCCAUCUUUUUGGCAACUAUGAGGUCGUUGUUUCCGUCUAUAAAUCGGACGGGAGUGUGGCAAUCGCGCACGGGGGAGUCGAGAUGGGGCAAGGUAUCAACACUAAGGUCAUUCAAGUGUGUGCCUACAAGUUGAAAAUUCCAGUCGAAAAAAUUUCGGUCAAGCCUAGCAAUAAUUUGAUCGCGCCUAAUGCCCACAUGGUCGGUGGUAGCUUAACAUCGGAAACAGUUUGUCACGGUGUGAUUAAAGCGUGCGAUAUCCUGUUAGAACGCAUGGAACCGGUCAAAAAACAGCUCGAAAAUGCCAGUUGGGAGGAAAUUGUGCAAGAAUGUUACAAUCAAUAUGUUAACUUGUCGGCCUCUUCAAUGGGUAGCCCUUCCGAACUGAAAAAUUACGCGAUUUACGGCGUUUGCUCCUCCGAAAUAGAGCUGGACGUUUUAACCGGGCAAUAUAUCGUGCAAAGGGUUGAUUUACUCGAAGAUGCCGGUACUAGCAUGAACGCUGGUAUCGAUAUGGGGCAAGUCGAGGGCGCGUUUGUCAUGGGCAUGGGUUAUUUCACGUCGGAGAAGAUUAUUUUUAGCGAAAGCGGCGAGUUGUUGACCAAUCGCACUUGGAAUUAUAAACCACCAGGCGCGAGGGACGUUCCAGUUGAUUUUAGGAUCAAAUUUCCGGGCGAUACGCCCAAUGGCGUUGGAGUUCUCAAUUCCAAAGCUAUCGGGGAACCACCGCUAUGUUUGGCGUGUUCAGUCCCGUUGGCGAUACGCAACGCCGUUGCGAGUGCCAGAAAGGAAACGAGAAAUUCGUGCGAUGAAUGGUAUCCUUUUUCGGGACCCUCAACUGUGGAAGACGUUUUCACGAACUGCUUACACGAUUUUAAGCAAUAUACGUUGUAAAAUAAAAAAUUGUAUUAAUUGGUUUGGUUUAAUAAAUGAUAGCUGCGCA